CUUUUCCAUGAAUGCUGUUUUGCAGAAAGCCCUAUUCAUUACUGGGUUUUGCAUUAUUCAUUUAUCCAUUUCGCUCACGCGUGGGUCAUCGGUUCCUCGAUCUAUCCUUGUACUGAUUCCAUCGUUCUGGGAACGAGAACAGCCGUCGAUCCUCGUCAUCCACCUGCACAUGUCGCUGCACAUCGUUCAAGAGAGCACAAGCAGAUCACAUGUAAAAAAGGGGCCAUACUUAUUCUUCAUUCAUAUUCCCUGUGUGUAACCCAAUGAUGACACGCCGAGCUAUAUAGUCUGGCAGCACGUGGUCC